UUGGGUAUGGCGGCUGCAAAGGAUGGAAAUCUUCCACUGUUCGAAACGAAGAUAGCCAAGGGUGGAGUGGGUUAUCGAUUGUUUACUUUGUCGAUGCUUGUGGGCAUCUGUAUGGUUUUGGUGUACAGAGUGAGAUAUAUCCCAUCCGGGGAAGGAGCUGAGGGAAGUUGGGCUUGGAUUGGACUCUUGCUUGCUGAACUCUGGUUCUCUUUCUCUUGGCUCCUCCAUCAACCCGUUCGUUGGAAUCCUGUUUAUCGCUACACCUUCAAGGACAGGCUCUCCCAAAGGUACGAGAAGGAAUUGCCGGGAGUGGAUAUAUUUGUAUGUACGGCGGACCCAAGAGUGGAGCCACCAAUAAUGGUGAUAAACACUGUAUUAUCGGUCAUGGCCUAUGAUUAUCCACCGGAGAAGCUCAGCGUUUAUCUUUCCGACGAUGGUGGGUCUGAGUUGACGUUCUACGCAAUGAUAGAAGCCUCUCGCUUCUCUAAGCAUUGGCUCCCAUUCUGCAAGAAAUUCAAGGCGGAGCCUUCCUCUCCUGCAGCUUUUUUCUCCAGUACUAACUCUCCUCACCCUCUUCAGGAUCCUCACAUGCCCAACCACUACUCUUCCAUUAAGAAAUUGUACAAAGACAUGGAGAACCGGAUCAAGACUGUGACGGAGCUAGGUCGAGCUCCACAAGAAAUCCGCAGGGAGCACAAAGGUUUUCUUGAGUGGGAUACAGUUUCUAGUCCACGUGAUCACCAGACCAUUCUUCAGAUAUUAAUCGAUGGAAAAGACCCCAAUGCGGUAGAUAUGGAAGGACAACCAUUGCCAACUCUGGUAUACAUGGCUCGUGAGAAGAGACCCCAAUACCAUCAUAACUUCAAGGCUGGAGCUAUGAAUGCGCUGAUAAGGGUGUCUUCGAAGAUAAGCAAUGGCCCAAUUAUUCUCAAUGUGGACUGUGACAUGUACUCUAAUAGUUUAGAUUCGGUGAGAGAUGCCCUUUGUUUUUUAAUGGACGAGGAGAAGGGACACGAGAUUGCUUUUGUUCAGUAUCCACAGAGCUUCAACAACAUCACUAAGAAUGAUCUCUAUGGAAGUUCCCUUAGAGCAAUUUUUGAGGUGGACGUCUAUGGUAUAGAUGGCUUAGGAGGGACUCCCUAUAUGGGAACUGGUUGUUUUCACAGGAGAGAUACCCUGUGUGGGAGGAAAUACACAGAAGAGUACAAGAGAGAUAAUUGGCAAACAGAGAAUGAUAGAAUUGAAGGAGAAAGUUUGAAUGAAUUUGUUGACAGAAUAAAGGGACUUGCGAAUUGUAACUACGAUGAGAACACUGAAUGGGGAAAAGAGAUGGGGUUGAAGUAUGGUUGUGCAGUUGAGGAUGUGAUUACAGGUUUGGCAAUUCAAUGUAGGGGAUGGAAAUCAGUUUAUUUCAAUCCAGGAAAGAAAGCCUUCCUUGGUGUUGGUCCUGUAACGUUGGAUCAGAUGCUUGUGCAACACAAAAGAUGGUCUGAAGGUCAUCUUCAGAUUUUUCUCUCAAGGUACUGUCCUUUCUGGCAAGGUCAUGGAAGGAUCAAUAUAGGACUUCAAAUGGCAUAUUCCCACUUCAACUUGUGGGCUACUUAUGGCCCUCCAACACUAUAUUACCUCCUCAUCCCUUCACUUUGUCUCCUUAAAGCUAUUCCCCUCUUUCCAAAGAUUUCAAGCCCUUGGUUCUUGCCUUUUGCAUAUUUGAUCAUUGCGAGUUCCACAUACAGCUUAGGAGAGUUCUUAUGGAUUGGUGGCUCACUCCAAGGUUGGUGGAAUGACCAAAGGAUAUGGAUCUACAGGAAGACAACUUCCUACCUCUUUGCCAUGUUAGAGACAAUGCUCAAGGUAUUAGGGUUUACUAAAUCGGGAUUUGCCAUCACAGCUAAGGUGGCUGACGAUGAUGUGAUGCAUAGAUACGAGCAAGAGAUCAUGGAGUUUGGAACCAAUUCUCCCAUGUUUAGCCUCCUAACAACGGUUGCCUUGCUCAACUUAUUUAGUUUGCUUGGAGGGAUGAAGAGAUUGCUCAUGGAUCCUGGUACCGACGUUUUAGAGACGUCGUGCUUGCAAAUCUUUCUGUGCGCAUUUGUGGUAGCCAUUAAUCUUCCACUUUAUCAAAGCCUCUUCUUUCGCAAGGACACAGGUCGCAUGCCUUCCUCUCUCCUGUCGAGAUCAUUUGUUUUGGCUUUAAUAGCCUGCAUGCUACCCAUGUACUAGAAUGUGGUUGUACCAAAGUGAAGAGUAUUAUGCAAGAAGAUUGUUAAG